GUCUGGCAGCGAGGUGCUCCUCAGCGCCCACCAAAGAUGGCGAUACUGAAACCAAGAAGAAAAUGGAGGAUCAACAACCCCGUAGUAUUGAUAUAUGUAGAGGCCAAAAACUCGUGGUGACGGUGAUCGAAGCCCAGGUUGACCUCCUCCUUGUGUCCUAUGAACAUGGCACUCAAGAUUUCCAAGGAAUUUUGCUGGAUUCGACCAAAGGGAGACUUCCCUGUGGAAUAUAUCCCCCAGGUGGUGAAUUCCCACCAAAGCCACCAAAAGGUGCCACAGUAUUGUCAGAAAAUGAUGAUAAACUAUUUUCUGUGAAGCAACGCCACACAUACUUCCAGCAAGACACUGUAAUUGUGGAUCCCAACAUAAAACCGAAAAAGGGAGUGCAACUCAGACAGUCAAUUUCCCUUACUCAGCGUUUCAAAAACUCUCGUAUGACAGUUCGCUUGAGGCCGAGACAAGUUUUGUGUUCUAAAUGCCAGUCUAUAUGUAAUGAAAAAUCUGAAAACGUUAGUGGAGCAAAGGGUCAAAGAGCAACUGAACCACCAACAGCAGCUAAACAAGUUUCUGAGACACGAGGCAGCACAAGAAGUUCACGUGACAGAAGUUCCCAAGAGCAAUAUAGUGGUACAUCACAAAACAAAAGAACAGAACGAUCUCCCCAGAAGAAUGUGCGACUGGUUCCUAAACUGGUGAAGCUGAAACCUAGUGAAAUAGAGGCAGCAACAAACAAGGGAGUCAGCUGUUUAAGAAAAGGCUCACAGACCCGUAAUGCACGAAGUGACUCGGAUUCGUGUGAUAGUGAAGUAAGUGUUGGUUCAAAUACAUCAUAUUCUGUGUCUGGAAAUAAUAGUGCUUCAGAUGGCAGGGUUCCAAAGUUAAAAUUGUCCACCAACCUCUGUGCCGCAGAAUCGGCAGAAGCAAAGCGGAAGGGUCGCAUUCCGAAGAUGACUAUAUCGACUUUUAACCUUGCUUUACAAACUUGUGAAGGUUCCAGAGACAAUUGGGAUAGUGAAGGUAGUGAAAUAAAAAGUCAGAGUAUACCUAAAAUGAUAUUAUCUACUUCAGGCAUUGUUUCUGAAGCGGUUGUUGAUAAAAAAGAUAAAGAGAGCGGGAAAAAUAGAAAACAGUCUGACUCAAGUGAGGCACAAGCUGAUGCCAAAGAACUAAGAUUAAGAUCGGGUAAUGUACACAAGUUGACAAUCACAGCUGCUGGACAUCAAGACUUUGCAGAGUCUUUAGGUGAUAGAUUGUCUCCCAUACCAAAGUUAACAAUUCUUCCACUGAUUCCCAAAAAAGAUUCUCUAGAGGAGAAGAAUGUAAUUGAUACAAAACAUCACAAAAUAGGUAAAGUUUCUUUAGAAGAAACGCCGCCCGAGAAAAUGAGCUUAAGAAAAAAACGUUCUUUAGGUUCAAUGGAAGACUUAUGGGAUGAAAGUGUCUUUGAUGAGACUGCCAAGAAGCACAAAAGAGAAGAGGCAGAGGAAGGUAAAGAAGGAAAUGAUUUACAAAAACUUGUAAGUGACGAAAAAGAUGGAUUAGAAGGAGACAAGCCAAAGGCAACACCAGUGCUUAAGAUUUCAUUUGGACCAGAGGGGAAGGGUACAGUUCUCAAGAUACCAUCCAAGAGUACUGUUGUAACUAUUAGCACACCUGAAGUAGAUACUGAAGAAGAAAUGACAAAAAAGUAUAAAGAUAUGAGUGCAAAAGCAGCCAAGAAAGCAUUGAAGAAAGCAAAAAAAGAGGCCCAGAAGAAGACUAUGCUUGGUGGUGCCUCACCUGCUUAUAUUAUGGGAGGAAUGUCUCCAAGGUUUGGAGGCAUGUCACCUCUCAGGCUUGGUGGCAUGUCCCCUGCAAGACUGGGAGGUUUCUCACCUGCAAGAUUUGGAGGUACAUCUCCAGCUCGAUUUGGAGGCAUGUCCCCUGCCAGAGCGGCUGCUGUUGAUCUUUCAACGCGUGAUUUGCCUCCAAAGAAGCAUAAACAUAAAGUGAAACAUAAAAAAAAGCACAAAGAUGAACGCAGGCAUAAGUCACCGGAUGACAUAAAAUCCCAAUUGGAAAUCAAAGAUCAUAAAGAUGACUCCAUACCUGAGCCCAUAGAUCCAGACAUCCCAGUUGAAAAUAUCACUCCAGAUUUACACUGGAAUGCGUCUGAAGGAAUUGAAUAUCCUGUUGACCAGACUUCACAAUCUGCUCUUAAUCUUAGUCAGGCUUCAUUAAACUUGCAAUCAGCUUCCAACUCCGGGACUCCUUUGCAGCCAUCUCGACACAAGCUUUCAAUAUCAAUAAAAAGAGUGAGCAAUGCUAGUUACGUAGCAUGUGAUUCAAGUCAUUCUGAUGGUGAAAGAACUGUCACCCCAACUAAUCCCAGCUGUAAUGAAGAGGUUGCUGAUAAGCCACAAGAAUUGGUAUUUGAAAUUGAUGACAUCAGACAGGAUAAAUCGCAGACUACCACAUUCGAAAAGGAAGAGUAUGGUAAAGAUGCAUCCUCGGAAUUACCUCAGUCUUAUGAAUUGGAAAGUGCCAGAACGGAAAACUUGGCAUUAUUAAUAGAUACUGUGGAAGAGAAAAGUGAUAGACCUACAGCAACUUCAUAUGGAAUGGAAACUCCAGAGCCUUCUCUUCCGGGCAGUGACUCCCCUGGCAGCGAUGAUGCAUGCAAUGGGGUUGUUCCUGACUUCCCAAGCAGUGCUCCAAAUAUUGAAGGGAUUGAUGGCCAACCAAGUGCUGCUCUUUUGAUGAAACUCAGUUGGCAAGAGGUUGAGCAGUGUGACAUUGGAGAAGGAAGAACUAUGGCUGUAGGAGAUGUUGUUUGGGGAAAGAUUCAUGGCUUUCCUUGGUGGCCAGCAAAGGUGAUGGCCAUUCGUGUGUUACGUGAAGGAAGUGGAGACACUAAGUGGCAGCAGGCUCAUGUUAGUUGGUAUGGCUCAUCCACAUCCUCUCUUAUGCCAGCUAACACCUUGCAGCCUUUUCUUCAAAUGUUCAAGACGAGAUAUAACAAGCGAAAGAGAGGACCAUACAGGGAGGCCAUCAAGCAGGCAACUAGUGAAGCAGAACAGACUCAAUCUAAUGAUUUUGAAUUUCAAGAUCGUGAAGAUGAUCACCAUCAUCACCAUCACCAUCAUCAUCAACAGCAGCAGCAGCAGCACCAGACGCCUGAGAACUUACUUGGUGCAUCCCCUCGGGAAGUGGAUGUUGUUAGCUGAGACAUGUACGGGGUAAGAAUGGGUUAGAUUUUCAUCUUGUUUACGGAAGCAGCAAAAAAGCUUUAAAUAUAAAUUUACAUUGUGCAGUAGUCCUUAAAUUCAUUUUCAUACAAUGUUAUAAAAAUCAUUAUCUGUAACAAUGGAUAGUCCCUGUGAUGCUGUUGAAAAAUGCAGCUGGUUAGGUAGAGAUUAGCUUGUGCAGUUUUCAUAUAAUUUUCUGCCAAAAAUCUCAAGUUUGCAAAUACUGUACAUUAUUUACUCAAAGUUUAAUCUAAAAUGUUGCAAAUAGUUUUGGUGCUUAUGAAAAUUUAUCUCCUAUUUUGUAACAGUGUGAUAAAAAGUUUAGGCUGCAGAUUUGUUUCUUGAGGAGUUUUCCUUACACUUAAUAUGGCUCCUUUUCUUUUCCUCUUUAUAUCAAGUUAUUGGUAAUGAAAAGCUUUCAUAAUGUUAUUGUUGAUCUUUAUUUUAUUCUAAUAUAUGACUAUAUCAUGAAAAUUUCCAUUUGGUAUGUAAAUAUUUAAUGAGCACUGAUUUCUUUAUUUUCUAUGUUGUACAUAACCUUUUUUCACAAUUGCAGCAAUGAGUACAUCAUUUGCAAGGAAUACUUUUAGUGCAGACAUGAUUUUUUAUCCACAUAAAGUACCUAGUAAGAUAAUAUUUUUUUUCCAAAGACAAUUCAUCACAGCUGUAUUGCAUAACUCAGUCUUAAUUAUGUUUCCGUUUUGCUCAAAUGCCCAUACCCUGCAUCAAUAGUACUCCCAUGAGCAUGGUUACUGGUACAAUAAUUGAUAGUACCUCCAUGAAGGUGUGGUUACCCUUACAUUAGUUGGUAGUAAACCCAUGAACUAGGUAACUCAUACAUUAGUUGACAGUACACUCAUGAAUGAUGUUACUUGUGCAUCAGUUAAUAAUACACCAUGAGAACUUGUGCAUCAGUUAAUAUUAUACUGUACCAACGAAUGUGGUUACGCGCUCAUCAGUUGAUAGUACACCCACGAACGAGGUAACUCGUGUAUCAGUUGACACUACACCCAUGAACGAGGUAACUCGUGCAGCAGUUGACACUACACCAUGAACGAGGUAUCUCAUGCAGCAGUUGAUAGUACACCCAUGAACGAGGUAUCUCAUGCAGCAGUUGAUAGUACACCCAUGAACGAGGUAUCUCAUGCAGCAGUUGAUAGUAUACCCAUGAAUGAGGUAAUGUGUGUAUCAAUUGAUAGUAAAACCAUGAACAUGCUUACUCUUACAUCUCUUGAUAGUGCAUACAUGAAUGUAGUUACUCGUGCAUUAGUUGAUAGUGCACCCAUGAAUUUGAUUACUUGUGCAUCAGUUUAUAGUGCACCUAUGAAGAACGUUAUGCAUGCAUCAGUUGAUAGUACUCACAUGAACUGUUCGAUAGUUACUUGUGUAUCAGUUGAUAUUACUCCCUUGUACGUAGUUACUUGUGUAUCAGUUGAUAGUACACUCAUGUAUGUGGUUUAUUUGUAGAUAUAAACCAAUGGAUGUGGGCACUAAUUUUGAUGUAAAUAUAAAAUAUAGUGCACCUGAAGAUAUUGUACACUAGGUGCAGAAAAGAUUCACAAGCAUGCAGUCUCUUAUAGGCCUAAUGCCUUUACUCAGGGUAAAUAAUAUCCUUUUGUUUAUUUAAUUCCUGUUGUCGGGGACAGUAAGCCUGUACGUAAGCUUAUCAAGGCUCCCUCUAGGCCAACUACUUAUCUUUCCCAGGAUGCAACCCACAACAAUUGUCUAACUCCCGGGUACCUAUUUAACUGCUAGAUGAGCAGAGGUACCAGGUGAAAGGAAACAUGCUUGUUUCUAUCCUGCCCAGGUAUUGAACCCAGGUCCUUUGAUUGUGAGCUGAAGAUGUAGAUGCUGUAAGAUUUUUAAACAUAAUAAAAAUAAGAAAUUAAUAAACUUUAAAAAGCACAAUGUUAACUUGCCUACUUGAGCGAGAAGUAACAUCAUUCAUGGAUUGCAUUGUGAGGACAUUGCAUUGUUUUUGGAGUGCUGUUAGCAUUUCUCAGUCACACACUUCCAUCUUUCAAAUUAGUAGGGUACCAUCCUGAAUUUUGAGGAUCCCAGUAGACAUGUAUUUAUUUUGUCAUAUCUUUCUAGCUACAAGAUGAUUUACCAAACUGUGAUUUUCCAGAUGACCGGUAACUUUAGGAGAGUAGUGUGUGAUAUCAGACUCGGUUCUCACACUUGUCUAUUUUAUUACUAUUGAAUUAAGUUUAUUAAGCAGUUUUAUGAACAAAAUGGAAGAAACUUGCCAAGUUUCAUGAAUCUUUACCUGCUAAAUGCAAUGGUCUUAACUGUAUAUGGUAGGUCUAAUAAAUAGUGGCCAUACUAAUAAGAUUAAAGGUUUAGCAUGCUUGCUUGCAUGUGGAUGUGUGCAAACAAGAAACUAUUGAGACACUGAAUAGCUUUUCCUUGAGCUCUUUCAUGUUGAAUAAAAAAAUCCAGAAAGGGUUGAAAUUUCCCAGAUAAAAAUUCUUUAGAUUUUCUGGUUUCAUACAUUUAUGCCUGCAUAAGUAAGGACCAUCUUGCCCAACAGUAAGAGCAAUUUUGUAUAUCCAAAUAUUUAUUUUAAAAUUAGUAUGGCUCUGAUAAUACUGUAUCAACUAGGCCUAAGUAAGUUAGUAAUUUUUGUAAUCUAUAUAAUAUUUAAUUUGAUUAAAGGGGAAACCUAAUUUUGAAUGAUAUGUUUGAAAAUAAACAAAAUUACUCUGGCUGUUAAGCAAAAUGGUUCAUGCUUACUUGGCCUAGUAUUGUGGCUCUGGCUAUUAAGUAUGUAACACACACACACACACACGUACAUGUAUACACACACUGUUAGUAGUUUCAAAUUGUCACAUGACAGUAUUGGGAAAAUGGGACACCAUGAGCAUAGCUCUUGCCCUGUAACUACAGUUACGUAAUUACCUCCACACACACAUUCACAUGUACACACCUGCACACAUACACCCAUGCGCACACACACACACACAUAGCGUGUGUGUAUACUCACCUAUGUGUGCUUGUAGGAUGAGUAUCGGCUUUGUGCUCCACCUUUGAGUGUACACAUACAUGUGCUGUAAUGUAAAUAGAAUCCUGACCUGCUAUAAUAGUUAUUUCAAGUGAUUCGGCUAUGAAAACCAUUUAUGGCUCAAGGUUCAGAUCUACUUUAAUGCUACCGGUGCCAUUGUACACAUUGAUGAUGACUUGCAUAAAGUUAUAUCUUUAAUAAUACACAGUCUAUCAUAA